AUGAGCAGCACAUUUGUCACAUUAGCUGAGGUACUGGAGGCACGAGGGGGACCUCUGCUGGAGGAGGAGGUCUGGUCCCUGCUGCUGGGCACUGCAGAGUCUUUAGUGGAUGUCUCCUAUAAGGGCCACAACAAUAUGUGUAACAUCAUAAGCCCCACCUCCUUGCUGCUGUCAGCCACUGGUACCUUAGCCUUUAAGAACUGCGGCCUAUCAGACAACGUGUCCACCUUCACCGCUCCGGAGAUGCUGCAGGGCCGUGCCAGCUCAACCAAACCUGCCAUAGAGAGGAUGCUGGUGUAUUCACUGGGAAUGACUCUCUACUGGUCAGUUGAUUUUCACCUACCUCAAAAUCAGCCAGUCCAGUUGAGUGACCAUCUGAACAGCCUCCUCCUCAGCAUGUGUGAGGACCAGGCCCACCGCCGGGUCAAUCUCAACUCCAUCCUGGAAGCCUGCGAAUCUCAGCACAAAGCCUCCGUCCUGCCGUCGCCCACCAAAGUCAUCCGACAGCUGGUGGAGGAGGUUUUUCAUGAAUCGAUGGACCAUGGAGGCUCUUUGCCGGACAGUAACAUCCCUUUGAGUGGCAGGAGCCAGAUGAUCAGAGAGAGACUUCACGGGAAGAGAGGGCCACUUUCAGACGCCAGCGAGGGCAGUCCUGAAGGGAGAAGAUACUCGACAGACUCUGACUCAAAGUCAGGGAGUUUAUCUCAGAGACCUUGGAGACAAAGACCGAGGAGCUCUCCCACACCAUUGUACCAAUCCUCUUUGGACAGAAUCCCUCGCGGGAGGGUUCGCCACAGGGACAGCAACAGCAGUUGGCUUGGUAGGAGCCCCCAACAUGACCUCUCUCCCAAAAUAUCAGGCAGAUCUCACAGUCCCUCUAUCACCUUCAGCGAGUCCUCACUCAGCCUGAGCCAGAGGAAAGCCAAGGCUCUGGGUCCUGAAUUCGUAAGAAUGCCAGACGAGCAACAAACUGUUCUCGAGCUUCCAGGAUCCAUCGUGUCCAGAAAGGGCCGUUCAUGUUCGUCUCAGAGAGAGCUGACUGUGGUGCUGCCUAACGGACAAUCUGUGGUGGUCCGCUGUGACAUUAAGUCCAAAGCAAGAGAUGUGUUUGACAUGGUGGUGGCUCAUGCAAACUUGGUGGAGCACUUCUACUUUGGUCUUGCCUUCCUAGAUGAUGAUGAGUAUUUCUUUUUGGACCAUGAAACAAAAAUCUCCAAAGUUGCACCAGACAGUUGGAAAAAAGGGCAGAUAUCCUCCUUUUCGGUGUUUCUUCGCGUGAAAUUUUUUGUUGAUGACAUUUCCUUCGUUUUGCACAGACUGACUCGGCACCAGUACUACUUACAGCUGCGUAAGGAUAUCAUGGAGGACAGGCUUAACUGCAAUGAGGAGACAGGCCUGUUCCUCGCCGCUCUCGCUCUGCAGGCGGAGUUUGGGGAUUACAUGUCAGAGUUGUACGGCAAGAAUUAUUACCAGCCAGAGCAUUAUGUGUCCACGAGGAUGCUGGAGAAGAUGGCCCUGCCCACUGUCAAGGAGGAGCUGCCAAGACUACAUGCAAGUCAUGCCCAGAUGCUGCCCGAAGAGGCAGAAAUAGAGUAUCUAAAGAUUGCCCAGCAGAUACCUGAGUAUGGGGUAAUAUUCCACCGUGUGGGGAGAGAGAAAAGGCCAUUGGUGGGAGAGCUGUUGCUGGGCAUCUGUGUCAAAGGAAUCAUUGUGUACGAGACGAGGAACCACAUGCGCACCGUCAUCAGGCGUUUCCUCUGGAGGGAAACUGACUCCAUAUCCACUGGGCGGCGUAAACUGAUAAUCGAGUGCGGCGGGCCCAGUGGGAAAAAGCACAGUUUUAUUACAGAGAGCACAAAAAUAGCACAGUACCUCCUGAACCUUUGCUCGGCACAGCACAAGUUUCACAGUGAGAUGACGUCACGACAACUUAACCACACCAUGAUACCAGAUGAACACUUGGACAAGUACAUGUCUGUCUACGGGGGUAGUAACUUGAACCUGAAGCGGAUGUCCUGCUCGGAGGGCAUGUUGAACCAUGUAGGCAUGAACCCUGGUCAACCGGACCUCUCCAAGUCCUGUGACGACCUGACGGCCAAGCUGGAGGCUCGACUCCGCCAGCAGAGAGAGAUGAGGAGAGAGAUGAGCAGAGAGCUGAACAAAGAGCCGAACAAAGAGCCCCCUGAAACAGGAGAGCCCAGGGACACGAAGGAUCAACAGUGUUGGAGCGCUCCAGAGCCGAAUCCCAGGAGGAUGUCCAGUGUUUCGCUACAGAAGCAGGACUCAGACUCUUCUUUCUCCGUACGAGUGGAUACACCAACCAGAACCCAACCAGAGAGAGAGAUAGUCUGUGUGACACUGAAGAAAGAUCCCAAACUGGGCUUCGGCUUUGUGAUCGUGGGAGAGGACAACACGGGUAAACUUGACCUUGGGCUCUUCAUAGCUUCCAUUGUGCCUGAAGGGCCUGCGGACAGAGAUGGACGAAUCAAACACGGUGGACGUCUCAUCUCGCUAAACAAGAUUAGUUUGGAGGGAGUGACGUUCAGUGACGCUGCUGCCAUCUUACAAAACAGCCCUGAAGAGGUGGAGCUCAUUGUGUCCCAGCCUAAACAGACUCUGAGGGACCGAAGGAGUUCCUUGAGUCAAAGUACAAUGGGUUUGGCUUUGGAGAGGGGCUUCGGGUCACAGACCACCCUGAGUGGCACAGAGUACCGCCAGGUCGUGGAGGAACUGGAGGAGGCCAUCAGUCUGUCCAGCAUGGCGACCCCCAAGCAGAACAGGAGACUUCACAUUCCUGUCGUGAGAAUACACGACGCCCAGGAUCUGUGCUCCAGGUCUCCGUCAGUCAUUAGUCUGAGGAGCAGCGAGCAGUUCAUAGUGGAGCUGGAGAAGAGCGGUGGCAGUCUCGGCAUCAGCGUUGCUGGAGGAAUAAACACCAACGUGCGAUAUGGAGGCAUCUACAUCAAGAGUCUGGUGCAAGGGGGCGCUGCAGAUCAGGACGGACGAGUUCAGAUUGGUGACAGACUUCUGGAGGUUGACGGAGCCAACGUGAGGGGCGUGAGUCACCAUCAAGCUGUCGAGUGCCUGAAGAGGACUGGGGAGGUGGUGAACCUGCUGCUGGAGAGGGAGCCCACGGUAAUCUUGGAGCCCAGAUUUGACUCACCCUGCCCCCAAUUAGCCCACAGUCGGUCAUACACGCAGCCCCCCAGGACCGAGGUCUCCGUGGAAACGACCUUGAGUGGUCGAGCCAAGGACUACAGCUUUGUGACGGAUGAAAACACACAUGAAGUUGUGCUAAAGAAGAGCCUGUCCGGCCUCGGCUUCAGCUUCUACAUCUCCCAGCUUCACUCGGCGCAGGACCGAGGCAGCAUCGUCCGCAUCAAGCGCCUGUUCCCGGGUCAGCCGGCGCUGGAGAGUGGCCAGCUGCGAGAGGGGGACGUCAUUCUGUCCGUCAACAGGGAGCCCCUGAAGGACCUCUCUUAUCAGCGGGUUUUGUUCCUGCUGCGUGGAGCUCCGUCUGAAGUUCAUCUGCGUAUUUGUCGACCAGGUCCUGGAGUGCUAUAUGAUGCAGAUGGCAACACACUGAUUCCUGCAUCCACCCGUGAGUCUCGAUCCCACUCUCUGGACAUCAGACUCGGAGAGGACUACACCCAGCUCCUGAAGUUUCAGUAUGACUUCAACAAUCCCGUCCAGAAACAAGCCCCCACCCAGGACGAAGAUGUGUCAAUUACAGCAGAGAAAAACCCAGAGCCUCCUGCAGCUCCAGCACCCCCGGAGAGCCUGGACUGUGAAGUGAAGGUCAACCAAACUCCUCCAUCAACUCCUCGCUUACCCCCAUCACCCACGUCGCCUCCGUCACCGGUCUCGCCAGCUUCACCAGCAUCGCCCACCUCGCCUGCCUCACCAACCUCUGGCACUCCACCAGCUCCAAUGGAGUCGCGAUCGACCACCAGGAAUCCAGAUGAACAACAGGAAGUAGGAGGAAGGAAGAAGAGAAAAGACGACGGAGAGGAGGUUGCAACAACUUCCAGUUCAACCGUGAUACUCACGGACGUCUCUCCCAAGACUGCUUCAAACUCUGUGUAUGCCAGUGGAGUCAGAGAGGAGGCAGAUGGAAGUGUGACCUACUGCCUCGUGGGAAAUGGGCUGACGAUCAUGGCGGACGAAGAGUACCUGACCAUCAGCUCCACCCUGGAGCCUCCUCACAGCUUCCCCUCCGGUCUGGCCACUCACACCCCAACAACCAACCUAACAGGCUCUCAAAACUCCAACAGCUCUCAGAAUCCAAAGCUCUGCCCCCAAGUCUCCGCCACUACCAUCCCAUCCCUCGGCCUCUCAGCUGACACCCCGACCACCUGCACACUGUCCCACCCGUCUCAGCCACUCACAACGCAGCCGCCGAAAGCAAAGCACCACCCGAUCCAGCAGGGAAUCCUUCAGAGUCACUACAUCGCCUUUUCCGAGAGCAGCAGGCCCUUGGUGCCUCCACCACGGCCUCCUGCUCCACCACAGACCCCCAUUACGGCCCAGAUCAUCCCCUCUGUGCCUCACUCCGUCAGUCCGCUUGCCUCCAGGCUGCCACCCAUAGUGCUGCCUGAGAAGAAAGAGAGGGAAUACAAGAAUUAUGAUGAUGAGCAGGAUGCGGAAGAGGAAGAGAGUCGAAGAAAGGGACGGGUCAAAGAGUUUGAAAUGACAGUGAUUCUGACCAAGUCCAGGAGUGGAAGUUUUGGCUUCACCAUCACUCGCAGCAAACUGGACAACUGCUACUACAUACAGGAGAUACUGGACAACCCAGCCAAGGCAGAUGGACGACUCAGGGCAGGAGACAGGCUCGUCACUGUAAACGGGCAUGAUGUUACCCGUGUGGCAGACGAUUAUGCCAUGACGAUCCUCAGGUCAUCUCCGCGAAGACUGAGUAUGACCCUGGGGAGGGCGGUGACAAACCUGGUGGCUCCGCCUUCCUGCGACAACCUGCCCGACAUUGUCCUGCACAAGACAACUUCUGGACAGCUCGGUAUAAAGCUGACUGGGGGCAUUGGCAGCAAAUGGCAGGGUAUCUACUGUCUGGAGGUGGUGCCAGGCUCCCCAGCCAGUGAGGAGGGGAGCGUCCAACCCAAUGACAAAAUCAUCUACAUCUGUGGCAGGUGCACUCUGGGUAUGACCCUGGAGGAUGCGGUCAAAGCGUGCGAGAUCGCGCCUCGUAAAGUCAAACUUAAAAUCAUCAGAGAAGACCAGCCGGUGACCCCCCGGGCGAAGUGGAACGGCCUGUUUGACUGGAAAAAGGAAAGGAAGUCCCUCACUCGUUUUGAAGAACCCGUCUCUCCAGAUAAAGACUCCCCUUCUGAAGAGGCUGAAGUUGUGUGUAGGACUGCUGCUAAAUUCCGAUGUCUCUCUCUCAGCCAAGACCAAGACAGUUGCAUCAUGCAAGUAGAGUUCUCAAAACCAGAAGGAGGAGGCUAUGGCUUUGCUUUGGUCGGAGGAACAAACGGCACCAUGCUCAGAGUUAGGGAAAUCUGCUCAGGUGGAGUGGCCGAGCAGGACGGCAGGCUGAGAGUGGGAGAUAUUUUAUUAGAGGUGAACGGUGUGAUUGUUUCGGGCCUGAGCCACAGUAAGGUGGUGGACAUCUUGCGUAAAGCUGAGGGCAGCGUGCAGCUCACCAUCUGCAGAGACAUCCUACCACUGACCUACUCUGGGUCUACCCCACCGCCCAACUUGUCCACUCAGACUGAGGCUAUUUUAGCUGAGCAACCGGCCUCUGACACUCGCUCCUCACCUGACGUCAUGGUGAAGAGGCCGGUUGAGCACCCGCCUGAGGUGACAUCAUCUCCUGUUAUUAAAAAAACAUCUGUUGUCCUAACGUCACCGCCGCCUCCACCGCGCCGACUGACUAUUGUAACAGACGAGCCUGAAAUAAUACCGGAGAGCUGUAACAGCACCCCCUCUCAUCAAGCUUGCUGCCCGUCCCUCAAUGUCACUGACAUGUUGCAUGGAGCUUCUGAAAGGAAACAUAUUGUCACCAAACUCUUGGACCAUUCCUGCAAAGACAUCCGGAAACUCCAGUCAGACGGCUGGAGCAGCGAGGAAGAGGAUGAUGAUGUAUUUGACGCCAGCCAACAGGAAACAAACUCACCCCAAACAGGCCCACCCAUAGUGUCAGAGGAGGAACUGGCCAGUUUAGCUCUCAUCAGCCCAGCGAGGAGCAGCCAGUAUUCAGGGUCAAGAGUCAAAGCUCUUAUCCAGAUUCUGCAGCAUCAAGUGGACCAGCAGGAACUGGUCAAAGAGUUCAUGGCUCUGGAACAUCUGAAGCCCUCUGACAACUGUGUGGUGGGAAAAGCCCCUGAGAACAGAGAUAAGAACCGCUACAGAGACAUCCUGCCCUACGACAAAACACGUGUUGCCAUCGGAGACAACCAGGACUACAUCAACGCCAGCUACAUCCGCAUGCAAUUCCGUGACAAGGAGUUCUUCUACAUCUCCUGCCAGGGCCCGCUGCCCACCACAGUGUCGGCCUUCUGGCAGAUGAUCUGGGAGAACAAAUCGGACGUCAUCGCCAUGAUGACCCAGGAACUGGAACGUGGAAGGAUCAAGUGUCACAAGUACUGGCCAGAGAAGCUGGGCGUGCCCCUGGACACCGGCAGGUACCAGCUGCACCUGGAGAACCGACAGCACCUGGAGUACUUCCACAUUAAGGUCAUCCGAAUGGUGGAGACAGAGACCAAUGAGACCCAUUUGGUCAAUCACCUGAAGUUCACGCACUGGCCGGACCACGGUGUGCCGCACUCCUCUGAGCAGCUGGUUCGCUUCAUCCGCUACCUGAGGGCAGUGCAUCACCAGGGGCCGGUGACAGCUCACUGCAGCGCCGGCAUCGGACGCACGGGAGUUCUCAUCUGUACCGACAUCAUCAUCAGUCUCAUUGAGAACGAUUUACCUAUCGACGUGAGCGACAUCGUAAAGGAGAUGAGGCUCCAGCGGCACGGAAUGAUUCAAACCAAGGAACAAUACCUCUUCUGCUACAAAGUCUGGUUGGAGGUUUUACAGGGCAUUUUACAGCUUCACAGCAGCCAAUGGCAGCCGGAGAGUCCCCGAGACCACAAAUUGGUCUGA